AUGGAGAUGGAGAUUGGGAGAGAGAAGAAGAGGGAUAUAUCCUUGAGGCUGGGAGAGAGAGAAGAAGAAGAGAGAUAUAUCCUUGAGGCCGAGGCCUCGCCAGAGCAGCCCAAAAAGGCCGCUGCUCCCAAGGACGAGUCUGAGGAUGAGCUCGAUCAAGAGGAUUCGCCUGCCGAGGAAUCGGAGCCUGAGAAGCCGGCUCCCAAGGCAAAGCGCGGCAAGCGGGGUGCAGCUGAGAAGGUGGCUGCUCCCAAGGAUGAGCCUAAGGCCGAGGCUGUGGAUGCACCACCUGCCGAGAAAAAGGCACAGGCCAAGCGCGGAGCUGCCAAGAAGGCUGCUGCAGCCAUUGCAAAAGAGGAUUCGUCUGCCGAGGAAUCAGACUAA